GGAAUCCCCUAAAUAGCUCCCCACAUCUAGCAAGAGAUCCUGCCCCCUGCCCUAACCUUAAUAAUGUGGGGGUGCCUGCUGAUGGUAGGGCUCCAGAACUGGGUGCUAAUUUCCAGGUCAACCUGUCUAUUCAAAGUUAGGGUUCCUUGGGCCUUUCCGUUCCCCUCAAGCUGAGUAUCUAGCACUCUCCCUGGCAGCAAAUAUGGGUGUCCAGCCUGUCACCUGGGCUCCAUUCCCAAGCCAUUGGCCAAGAGCCAGGCCUUACAUGGUUUCUCCAAUCCUUACCCCUACCCCACCCCUAGCUGGGGCAGUCAGACUGAAAGCCAAGCCCUGGUGUGUGGGGGAAGGUGCCCGAAGUGCCCUAGGGGCAUUUUGAGUUGGGUGGGUAGAGCUUUGCCAGGAAGUGACCUUUAAGUUUUCUGGAGUUAAGACGUCGCUUCCCUGCCCCACUGCACAAUCUGGUCAGAAACCCUGAUGGACACAGACACACCGUUUCCAGCAAAAACACACAGGGCCACACCCACAGAUGGGUUAAGCUAGGUCACCUAGUGUUUGCUAUUCUAGACAUUACCAGGGUCUCCGGGUUAGUCAAGGCACUGGGAGAACCCACAGGUGAUCCCUGACCAGAACAAGUGAUCACAGAUCUCAACAGUUACAGAACACCCCUACACUGCCGGGUAUACACCUUCCCUGUCCCGGGCCGACACUGUCACCAAAAUACCCCCCGACACACACACACACACACACACACACUUGAUAACCACAGGGUCCAAGACAGCCAGUGUCUGUGCGAGGCAUUCUCAUGAGGUCACAGGAACAUGAAAACAGACACCUGGGCAGUUGGGACACCUGACCCUCCCCAUCAUGUGUAGUUCUGUAUGACAGGUAUGGACACACAGGUCCCCUGCCCCAGACCUUUACAGGUGCCAAGACUUGAGAUCCAGUCCCACAAACAGCAGUGGCACUGGCACCGUGAGCCCGCCUGGCCAACACAUGCCAGAGCCGGCAUUCAACCUCCGAGUGACCUUCACAGAGCAAACCAGGCCUUUCUACAGAGGCCUCCUGGCACCUCCUCUGAGGCAAGCAGGUGGAGAAGGGCUAGGAGCCUGGGAGACAGCAGGCUUGUCUUCUGUUCUCUGCCCCCAGAAUGCAGAGCCUAGCAGCCCCAGGUUCAAAGCCACCCCUAACCAAGUUAUUUCAGCGUUGUGUUUGUUAAGCCAAGCUGGCCUCUGAUUUGCUGUAUAGCUGAGGAUGACCUUGAACAGCUGAUCUUGUCUCUACCUCCUGGGGUGCUGGGAUGACAUGCGUGCACCACCAUGCAUGCCUGUUGGUGCUGCGAUGGAACCCAGGGUGCGUGACAGGCAGUGCCUUACCAGCUGACUCCAGCCUAGACCCACGCAUCUCUCAUCUCCUCACGCUUGGAGGCAGAAAAUGGGCCAACACCAUCCCCUGGCCGCAGCCCCCUGGACUCGCAGGCGAGCCCGGGGCUUAUGCUGCAUGCCGGGGCAGCCACCAGCCAGCGCCGAGAAUCCUUCCUCUAUCGCUCAGACAGCGACUAUGACAUGUCACCGAAGACUAUGUCCAGGAACUCCUCCGUCGCCAGCGAAGCGCAUGGUGAAGACCUCAUUGUGACCCCGUUUGCCCAGGUGCUGGCCAGUCUCCGCAACGUUCGAAGCAACUUCUCACUCCUCACCAAUGUGCCCAUCCCCAGCAACAAAAGGUCCCCACUGGGCGGCCCACCCUCUGUCUGCAAAGCCACACUGUCAGAGGAGACAUGUCAGCAGCUGGCCCGGGAGACCCUGGAAGAGCUGGAUUGGUGCCUGGAGCAGCUGGAGACCAUGCAGACCUACCGCUCUGUCAGCGAGAUGGCCUCACACAAGUUUAAAAGGAUGCUGAACCGUGAACUCACACACCUGUCGGAAAUGAGCAGGUCAGGAAACCAGGUCUCAGAGUACAUUUCCAACACGUUCCUAGAUAAGCAGCACGAAGUGGAGAUCCCGUCGCCCACGCCGCGACAGAGACCCUUCCAGCAACCCCCGCCAGCAACAGUGCAGCAGGCCCAGCCCAUGUCUCAGAUCACAGGACUGAAAAAGCUGGUACACACCGGAAGCUUGAACAUCAAUGUCCCACGAUUUGGAGUCAAGACAGAUCAAGAGGACCUCUUAGCACAGGAACUGGAGAACUUGAGCAAAUGGGGCCUGAACAUCUUUUGUGUGUCAGAGUACGCUGGAGGCCGUUCACUCAGCUGUAUCAUGUAUGCGGUAUUCCAGGAGCGGGACCUACUGAAGAAAUUCCACAUCCCUGUGGACACCAUGAUGACGUACAUGCUGACCCUGGAGGACCACUACCAUGCUGACGUGGCCUACCACAACAGCCUGCACGCAGCCGAUGUGCUACAGUCCACACAUGUGCUGCUGGCCACGCCUGCACUGGAUGCCGUGUUCACAGACCUGGAGAUUCUUGCUGCUCUCUUCGCUGCUGCCAUCCACGACGUGGACCACCCUGGCGUCUCCAACCAGUUCCUAAUCAACACCAAUUCGGAGCUGGCGUUGAUGUACAACGAUGAGUCUGUGCUUGAGAACCACCACCUGGCUGUGGGAUUCAAGCUGCUGCAAGAAGAGAACUGCGACAUCUUCCAGAACCUCAGCAAGCGCCAGCGGCAGAGCCUGCGCAAGAUGGUCAUCGACAUGGUGCUGGCCACAGACAUGUCCAAGCACAUGACCCUCCUGGCUGACCUGAAGACUAUGGUGGAGACGAAGAAAGUGACCAGCUCAGGAGUUCUCUUGCUGGACAACUACUCUGACCGUAUCCAGGUCCUCAGGAACAUGGUGCACUGCGCAGACCUCAGCAAUCCCACCAAGCCCCUGGAGCUGUACCGACAGUGGACCGAUCGCAUCAUGGCCGAGUUCUUCCAGCAGGGUGACCGAGAACGGGAACGGGGAAUGGAAAUUAGCCCCAUGUGCGACAAGCACACAGCCUCUGUGGAGAAGUCUCAGGUGGGCUUCAUCGACUACAUUGUUCACCCACUGUGGGAGACGUGGGCCGAUCUCGUCCACCCCGAUGCCCAAGACAUCCUGGACACGCUGGAAGACAACCGGGAUUGGUAUCACAGUGCUAUCCGGCAGAGUCCCUCCCCAACCCUGGAAGAGGAGCCAGGAGAGCUCAGCGAUCCGGCCCUGCCUGACAAAUUCCAAUUUGAGCUCACCUUGGAGGAAGAGGACGAAGAGGGUUCAGUGGAGGUUCCAGGAUUGCCUUGCACUGAGGAAACCCCCAUGGCUCCACAUGAUACCCGAGCCCAAGCCAUGGAACAGUCAAAGGUCAAAGGCCAGAGCCCUGCAGUGGUGGAGGUGGCAGAGAGCUUGAAGCAGGAGACAGCCUUAACACACGGCGCUCCUGAGGAGUCUGUGGAGGCUGUGCGCUGUUCCUUCAGCCCUGGAACCCCUAUUCUGCCUGACUUGAGGACCCUGUCCCACUCAGAGGAGGCCCCGGGCCUCCUGGGCCUCCCCUCCACGGCGGCAGAGGUGGAGGCCCCAAGAGACCACCUGGCUGCCAUGAGGGCUUGUUCUGCCUGCUCGGGGACAUCAGGAGACAAUUCUGCCGUCAUCUCUGCUCCAGGCAGGUGGGGGUCAGAGGGAGACCCUGCCUGAUCCCUUUUCCCUUCACCUUUGGUUCCUCCCUCCUCCCCACACUCUCCACUCACCACAGACCACCUCAACGACUCCUGGCCCUCCUGAGAAAAAAGAAAACAGAAAAGUGGGUUUUUUCUCUUUUCUUUUUUUCACCCUUCCCCCCCCCGCCCUUGCCCACAGGGCCUUUUUGUUGAGGUGGGGUAUGGAGAGCCAGGAACUGAAGUCCCCCAAAAAAAGGGAUUUUAUUUUUUUGAAUUUUAAUUGUAACGUUUUUAGAAAAAGAACAAAAAGAAAAAAAAAAAAAAAGAAUGAAACACAUCAGCUGUAGAUGCUCUCCCUCCCUGUCCCUAGGCCCACCUCCUUCCCUCGUCACCCCACCCAUCAACCUCAGUUCCAAGGCGCCAUCCUCCUGCCUCUUUGGAGACUUGCUCCUUAAGAUUCAAGCCUAGGUGUGGCACUGCCCUUGGGUCAGUCCCUCCGUUCAGAGGGACUCUACAACCCGAUUGGGAAUAGCCACAGGAGAGGCUGGCCCAGGAGGGGCUGGUCCACAGCAGGCCUCUCCCUGGCUCACUGUCCUCUACCACAAAGUCUUCCAUGUCUCUCUUCUCUUUCUGUUUUCUGUCUUUUUUUGUACGACUCUGGCCACGUGGUUGAAGAGGUGGUCAGAUGGGCUGUUGCUUUAUGAUCCGGGGACUCUUGGUUUCACUCCGUUCACCAGCCUCAGCUUGGGGUCCCAAGUCUCCAUUCCCUUCUCCGGAUGCCAUCUUCCUGGUCCACUUUGGGUCACUUUGAAUUCUCUCCGUUGGAGGAAGGGGGCUCUGUUCCACACGCACAAACACAUCCUCCUUCCAGCUGCUUCUUCCUCUUGUUUCUGCCUUAACGAUUCCUGUGGCCAUAGAUGAAGUCUCCAUGGCUCCCUCCUGCUCCCUGGGUCCUCUCUCCCAGCAUAGACACUCCUUUGCCAGCAUCCACUCAACCACCCUUCAGCCCAUCACUCCGCUCCCCUACAUCAACUCUCAUUGCCCUAGGAGGAAGCAAUAAUGGUGGUACCACAUCCUCCCAACCUGGGCAGCCCUCUCCCCAUCUUACUGAGCCUGACCCCCUACCCCCAGCCCAUCCCCAGCCACAGGCAGUCCCUAAGCAAUACGGAUAGAGCAAGGCCAUUUUCUCCAAGCCAUGGGGGUGAGGGGACUUUUAAAAAGGAAAACCCAUUUCCCCCUGCCACAUGGAACCAGUCUGCAGCAGGGCAGUGGGGGCCAUCAUUCCUCGCCUGCCCUGUUACAUCUCUGUACACGGUACUGUAGCCUCCACUCCAGUCUCUCCCCAGAUACCCCUGUCUAACCCACUCCCCCAGCCCCCGAUGCUUACAGGGUUUUGGUUUGUUUGUUUAUUAAGCAGGAGUAGUUUCUGUCCUGGCUGGUAAUGAGAAUGGGCCUCCCUCCUCUCCAUGCGUGGGUCUGUACAUACUGUAAGGUUGAUAUAUAAAUUAUUCUACUGAGACAAAAGGAGACAGUGAACUUGUCUUUUCCCGGUUGACCCCAUUGGGAAGGUGAGGAGAGGCUCUCCGGGAGAGUAACACCUCUCCCGCUGUAUCGUACAAGCUGUCCCAUAUUCCCUGAAUGUAGGGUGGACAUGCUGUCAGUUCGUGGGAGGUUGUGUCAUAACUGAGGAGGGAUGAGGGUUGGAUAUGGCUGGCUUCCUGUUCUCUUCCUUCUCCAAGAGCCUAAGAUGGGGUACAAGGACUGACAGGACCCCCGACCUCAGUCGGGUCCUCCCGCCACGGUGGGUGCAUAUGUGAGCUGCCUAUGAUGAGCUGCCCAUGAUGUGCUGUCCACACUGACAGUUGAUCGGUUGGUCUGUGGAUUGACAAUCAGUCCUCCAGUCUUGUCCCUGAUUAAAGCAAGGCUGUCACCGGUGCUCCCGGCUGAUGGCUGAUACGGCUUCA